AUGUACAUACAACCUGCCGAGCCUGCGAACAAGCCUUUGAACCACACCCUUCCCCGUUUCCCCAAUUGCCUGUUUCCUGUGGUUUGUGGCGAAACAACGACAGACACUCGACUCCGUCCCAUCUGGCUACCACAGACGCACACGCCCAGUGAGCUGUCGCCCCUUUUCAAACUUGCGAUACGCAAGAGGGCGAUCGAGGUUUUCGGGCACAUCCAUACCCCGCAAAUUGCCAUGGUUUGGAGCAUGGGAUUUUGCUUCCCCCGUUUACUAUGUUGCGACCCUCGGCUCCUCGUCAUUGCAAGGAGCACCACCGCUCACUUUGCUCGCCGCACGUCACAGGAGCAUAAAAUUUACGGUAUUUCCAUGAGGAGUAUUCUCGGCCAUCUCGGCCAUCUCGGCGAAGUGUGCGCAAAAUAUAUGGCUCGAUGCAGCGGUGCAGGUGUUCCAUCCAAAUUUGCAGAAGAGCUUCUUAAUGGAGCCAAAAGUCGACGUUGA